AUGCGAUGUCAACGCCUCCUGAUGCGCCUGCUCACGUACAAUCCAGCUGCCGUGUAUGUCCCUGGCAAAGAGCUAGCUGUUGCCGAUGCUCUGUCUCGCGCUCCGCUCGCCUGUGACGACACGCCUAGUCUCCAAGACGAGAUCAGCAGCAACCUCACAUCUUACAUCGGUGAGAUCGUGUCGGAUGGUAAAGCCCACGGCAUUGCUGACGCCACCACACAAGAUGAGACACUCAAGCAAGUCCUCCACUUCGUCCAACACGGAUGGCCGUGCAACCCACGUGAUGUCGACGACACUGUGCGCCCAUACUUCCAUGAACGCCAGUUACUGUCCUGUGAGCAAGGUGUGCUGUACCAUGGUUUCCGCAUUGUCAUGCCACCCUCUCUGCAGCCUGAGAUGCUCGAGAAGCUCCACGAGGGACAUCAAGGUGCAACGAAGUGCAAGUCUCGCACCCGCCAUUCCAUUUGGUGGCCAGGCUUGUCAAGGCAAAUCGACACGAUGGUCGCUACGUGUGAAGUGUGCACCAAACACCGCGUCCAGUCGACCGAACCACUGCAACCCGUCCAACGCCCAACACUGCCGUAG